ACCAUUUUAUUUUGUCAAAGCCUAUAAAACACACAGCAUCAAUUACAUGUGGCAACUUCAGAAACUCAUCAGAAAGUUUUAAGCAAUUUGAUUCAGUAUGAAAUAUUUCAGACCAGAAUGCAUGCAUUUUUGCACAAUUUUCAGACCUUUGGGAACUCUGCCCACAAGUUUGUUUGCUUCGUGCCAUUGUCCAAUUUUCACCACGUGCUAGUAAUCAACCCAGUCAUGUGUUAGAUAACUUCCACUUCACUUCCACUUGAGAAGCUCUGGAAACCUGAUUAAUUUUGGUAGAUUAAUUCUGCAUUUGUAAAUGAACAACACAGGCUUUGGACUUUGAAAUGCCAACGUGAUAAGUAUAGAAAUUUAAAAAAAAAUCCACAGGAAUACAGUUAUUAUUGCAUUACUGAAUGAAAACACACAAAUUACAAUUUCUAGCACAACUGCAAAUCCAGAACUUCAAACUGGCCUUUACAGUAACUCUAAGUCUGAUAACAAUAACUUUUUUUUUUAUUCUGGGAUUCAUAAUACAUCCUUGAAUUUCUACACAUACAUUUCCACAGAGUCCACGGGAACAAAAACUAAUGUGCAAGAGUGUCUUUGGGUUUUCUGUUGAUGGUUUGAAACUCUGGAGAAAAUCAGUACUUGGAUAUGCAAUUCAGAUCAAGAAUUCUUUCAAACACAACAGCAGGUUUUGUAACCUACCGUCAACACCUUUACAUUAUGUGGAAUGUACCUGCCAACUUUAGUCUGACUCGGACAAAAUGGAAUGAAAAUUGAUUGAACACAACUUGUGAAUACAAUCCUAUGAUACCUAUAUCUUUGGUACUUCAAAUGUUCAAAUUCACAUAUUGACAUGUGACUCAUGCAAUAGUUCAACACACUUCAGCAAACAACAAAAUCAAUUGAGCUGUGUCCUGUCCAUGAUCCCUAUUACCACACAAUGAUCAAUGCAUGUACAUGUACCUGUGCACACUAUUAAAUACAGGAAUCAAAAUAUGUGUACAGAGAUAACCUCUGUACACACUUUGGCAGAUAAAUUCACUCCGGUUUGGCCGUGAACUCCACCACAUGCAGUGGAUGUGUUCCAUUGUGUAAGUGCAUGUCUAGCUCAGUGAACCAAGUCCCUGCUAUUGCGACAGAGUCGGCUGUUCCUAGUGAGUGACGGCAUGUGACAAAGAGUCAGUGGGCUCCAUUCAGGAAUGCACAUAUGUGUACAGGGAACCAACUGAGGUAUGCUGCAGGUGGCACCUGUCAGGAACAGCUUCUGACUGUGCGAGGGGAAACCAUCAAAGGUGCCGCAAUGGCCACUGGAGCACCAGUACAGGAAUCUGGCGAGACAGGCAAUUUGAACCAUGACCCCCUGGAGCACUGCCCCAUCUGCCUCCAGAGGUUUACCGAGCCCAAGAUGCUGGACUGCCUCCAUAGCUACUGCUUGAAAUGCCUGGAGGACAUCCUGCCUAACAAGCAUCGCAAUCCUGUCAACAUCCAGUGCCCCGUCUGCAAGCAAAACACGAUUCUCCCCGAGCAGGGGAUCGACGGCCUGGUCAGCUGCUCCUCGCUUGCCUCCCUGAUGGUGGUCGACGAAGAGGAGGAGGCGGCUCCAAGGUCAAAGGUAAUGUGCGAGGCCUGCGACCUGGGUCAGGAGGCCGUGUCCCGGUGUGUGGACUGCGAGGAUUACCUCUGCCGGGACUGCCAGGAUGCUCACCAGCGCAUGCUGAAGAUGCGCUCCCACAAGGUGCUGGCGCUACACGACGUGGACCUGAUGGCUUCCAAGGACAUCCCCAAAUGCAGCAACCACACCGGCCAGGAUCUGUCCUUCUUCUGUGAGACAUGCCAGGUGCUCAUCUGCGCUGCCUGCACUGUGGUCGCUCACAGCCAGCCGGAGCACCGGUAUGUCAGCGUGGAAGAAGCCACACAAUCCUUCAGGCAGGAAAUCGACAAGCAGUUGGCUAAGGUAGAACAUGUACGGCUGGAGCAGAAAUCUGCAAGGGAUUCCACGCAGCACUCCCGAGACAGACUGGAAUCCCUAAUCAUCCAGGCCAAGAGGAAAGUUUCAGAGAAAGCUAAUGAGUACUAUGCGUGCAUUCAGCAACAGGAGAAGAUCCUUCAAGACAGAAUUGACCAAAUCAAACAGAAGAGGGCGGUGGAGAUUGAUAUCUCGCUGACAAAUCAACAGCAGAUUCUGGACAAUACGGAGCGAAGACUGGAUAUGGUGAGGAGCUUUGUAGUCAAAGCCAACACCUAUGAGCUGCUGGCCAAAAAGAAGACAGUAUUAAGUGGGAUCCAGGGCGUCAAGGCUGUGCAUUACCAGGAUCAUAGCCUCCUCCACGGACUGUCAUAUCUGGACUUUGAGCCUGGUAGCGCCCCGAUCGUAGAACCCCUCGGCACCCUGCUGCUAGAGGAGCAGUGGAAGCUGACUAAAGAGUUUGGUAACUUCAAGAUGGCCAGGGGAGUGGCAGCCAAUUCCAGGGGCCACAUCGCCGUGGUCGAUUCUGAGAGGAACUUCCUCGUUGUGAUCACCGAUCCCAAGGGGAGAGAGCAGCGCCGCAACUCGGUGGGUGUGCAGAUGGAGAAGCUACGCAAACCAUUCAGCGUCUGCAUCAACACCCUGGACCAGCUCAUCAUCAUCGACAGUCCCCAAGUGAUGGUGUUUGACAAGGACUUGAAGUACCUCUUCCAGUUCAUGCCAUCCCGCGGGGACAAGGAAGGCGAGUCCCAGACUAAUCUCACGGCUCUGGCCGUUGACCAAGAAGACCAAAUAGCAGUUGGUGACCGCGGGCGAGGAGUAAUAACCCUCCACAUAACAGACGGCACUCUCAUAUGCACAAUCCCCUCACCGACGGUAGAGAACCAACUUGCUGUGAGUCUCUGCCCCAACCGCUGCUUGAUCUACAGCAGUUAUGCGGACAACAGACUGACGUCCGUUGACUACGACGGCAGGGUGAUUUUUUCCGUGGACACCCUCGCCCGGGCCAAGUUCAGGAAUCCAACCGGCAUAUGCUGUAGCCUGACAGGGGAUAUCUUCGUGGCCGGCCACUUGGACGAGAAGGACCAGUCCGGGAUUUAUUACUUCAACCCUGUCGGGGAGUACCUAGGCUGCUUAGCACUGGGUCUAUGUAAUCCAUUAAGCAUGGCACUGACGCCUAAUGGAGAACUUGCUGUUGCUGAUAAACUCACAGUGAAAGUUUACCAUCGCAUUUGAUUCAUCUACAUGCAUAUGCAUGACCUGAACACAACUGGCCUAAUGCUCUAAUUUGGGGGAUGUACGUCUUUCAUAGACGCACUUAGCAUUCACCUACUUCUAGAGGACUGAUAAUGAUUGGACCACUCUUUGAAAGAUUAUGAAAACACUUACGAUGGAUUACGAAACGCUAGAUUUAUUUCCAACUGAAAUGUAUUAUCUUAUGUUACAAACUUAAAGGUGGUAGAAACCAUGCUUAUGGCUGUAAUUGACUUGUUUCACAUUUUCAAAUUCAACGCUUUGAGAAUUAUCAAGAAAAAUGUGAUUCGUUUGCGAUGCCCAGAGUUCAGUUCGUGUAAAUUUUCUUGCAAAAAUCCAUGGACCAUAGGCCAUUCCUGAGUCUUGGACAAAGCAUCUGAGGUCCAUCUGCAGUACAGUGGCCCCCCCCAAAAAAGUGCACAUUUUUCACAGCCUUGAGUGGUUGGCAAAUUUAUCUUAAAGUUCUGAGCCUUUCUUCAACAAUAAAAUGCUGUGAAUUUAUCGAUUAGAAAA